AUGCCCGAGUUAGCGGAAGUCUCGCGCAUUGUUCAUUUCAUACGCCAGCAUCUCGUUGGGAAGACACUCUCCAGAGUACAGGCGCAACACGAUGACAUCGUGUACGGCAAAGUGGGGACUAGUGCCGAUGAGUUUGAGAAGGCAAUGCAGGGCAAGACAGUCGUUGGAGCCGGGCAACAGGGCAAAUACUUUUGGAUCACAAUGUCAUCGCCGCCACAUGCAGUGAUGCACUUUGGAAUGGCUGGGUGGCUGAAAAUAAAAGACGCCGAUACAUACUACUAUCGUACAGACAAGCCCCAGGAUAAAGAAUGGCCGCCAAAGUAUUGGAAGUUCCUGCUAGAGACGGACGGGAACCCAAAGACCGAGGCUGCGUUCGUUGAUUUUCGGAGGCUGGCCAGAAUCAGACUCGUGGAUUGUCCGGCGGACGAGAUCCGCAAGUACACUCCUCUCAAGGAAAACGGGCCUGACCCGGUCGCGGACCCAGAACUGGUGACAGAGAAGUGGUUAACGGAACUGGUGACACGAAAGAAAGCGCCUAUCAAGGCUGUCCUUCUUGACCAGGCCAAUAUCAGUGGUAUCGGGAACUGGAUGGGCGACGAGAUUUUAUAUCAAGGAAAAAUCCACCCAGAGCAGUACAGCAAUACGCUGAAUGAUGAGCAAAUCCAAGAUCUACACAAGGCUCUUCAUUAUGUUUGUUCAACCUCUGUGGAAUUGCUAGCAGACUCGGAAAAAUUCCCAGAGCACUGGCUAUUCAAGCACCGAUGGGGAAAAGGGAAGAAAAAUCAAACAGCGAAAUUACCCAAUGGAGACAAGAUCAUUUUUCUCACCGUUGGUGGACGAACCAGUGCGGUUGUGCCAUCAGUACAGAAGAAGACCGGCCCAAUUACUAAAGAUGUCACUGAAGACGAAACCAAAGAGUCACAUCCCAGCUCCAAGAGGAAGCGAGAGACCCCAUUGAAAGAAGAGAGCGACUCAGAUCCCGAGAUAGAGAAAGUAUCAAAGAAGUCAGGGCCAAGCAAGGGAACUGGUCGAGGUGUGAAGCUCGAGGAUAGCGAGAAGAAGGCGAGUCCAGAAACCAGUGGCCGAAGACGUUCUACACGACUGAGAACAAAAUAA